AUGGACGCUAAUAUUUUAUUGCAGUGCUUUGCAGGUACAUUGAACCAUGAUCUCAAGAUUAGAACAGAUGCAGAAGCUCAUUUGAAACAAGCCAGUGCAACUCCUGGGUUUCUAGGUGCUUGUUUGGAUAUUAUAGCCUCUAAUGAAGUGCCAGAAAAUGUAAAAAUGUCAGCUACAUUAUAUUUUAAAAAUAAGAUUGUGUAUGCUUGGAAUGCUCAGCAAACUGAUAAAUUGGAUUCUCAUAUUGUCGAUAAUGAUGAGAAACCUGUUGUCAGAGAUAUGUUGAUUCAAACAAUGUUAAGUUGUUCUAAGCAUUCUCCAAACUGUUUAAGGAUGAUAAAACCAGCUUUAAGCAUUAUCGUCCAUGAUCAAUAUUCUAGCAAAAAAUGGGAUGAUCUAUUACCAAAAUGUUUAGAGCUAUUGUCAAGUAAUGACUACGACAUGGCUUAUGUAGGUUUGUUGUGUUUAUUGGAAAUUUUUAGAACCUAUAGAUGGAAGGAAAAUGAUGCUAGACAAGAAUUAGAAACUCUGAUCUUGGAGUAUUUCCCAAGUUUAUUACAGUUCGCUGAUAGCAUCUUGUAUGCUAAUGGUGCGAACAUGGAUAAUGAUAAAUUUGGUGACAUGACUAAAUUGAUCUUAAAAAUUUAUAAACUUGUCACUUAUUAUGAUAUGCCAUUCACUUUACAACGUCCAGAAUCUUUUAUUCCUUGGGCUAAUUUCUUUGUUACUAUCAUUCAACAGCCUUUAUCUGAAAGAAUUCUUUCCAUUGGUGAUGCUGAUUUGAAAAGUAAAAAUCCAUGGGUUAAAUGUAAGAAAACUGCAUAUGCUAAUUUGUACAGAUUGUUCCAAAGAUAUGCAUCAGUUACUUUAACUAGAAAAUUUCAAUAUGAUGAAUUUAGGCAAACUUAUGUUGAAGAGUUCAUUCCACAAUUUUUGCAAUUGGUAUUCCAACAAAUAGAGCAAUGGGGGAGUGGAAAUCUAUGGAUCAGUGAUGUAUGCCUACAAUACAUGUUGAAUUUCAUCGAACAGACAGUAGUUCAAAAACAAACUUGGCCGCUUGUCAAAAUGCAUUACUCAACGAUUUUACAACAUGUUAUAUUUCCAUUGUUAUGUCCAAAUGAAGAAACUUUGGAAACAUUUGAUAAUGAUCCACAAGAAUACAUUCAUAGAAAUUUAGAAUUAUGGGAAGAUAGUCACUUUCCAGAUUUGGCUGCAAUUUCAUUACUAACAACUGCCGUCACUAAACGUACAAAAUUUGCUCUUCAACCAACAUUGGAAUUCACUUUACAAACUUUACAGGCAAACUUUACUGAUAUAAAUCAAAUGCCUUUUGAAAAUGCUGUUAAGAUAGAAUCAAGUUUAAGAAUCUUUUCAAGUAUUUUAGAUAGAUUGGUAUCUAAAAGUUCUCCAUACGCAUCAGAAAUAGAAGGAUUUUUAAGAGCUUUUGUAUUGCCAUUAUUUAAAUCACCAUAUGGUUUCCUAAGAACCCGUGUUUGUGAAAUUUGUUCAAAAUUAGAUGGUAUUAAGUUUAAUGAACCUACUUUUAUUCCUCAAAUAUAUGAAGGUAUCAUGUCAUGUUUAAACGAAGAAUCAGACUGUCUUCCUGUUAGAUUAUUAGCUGCUUUGGCAAUGCAAGCGUUUAUUCACGACGAAGAAUUUCAAAAAUUAUUGGCUUCAGUUGUUGUUCCAACUAUGCAAAAAUUAUUGGCCAUUGCAAACGAAUUUGAAUCGGACGCUAUUUCAGGUGUUAUGCAGGAUUUUGUUGAAAUUUUUGCUGAGCAACUACAACCAUUUGGUAUUGAGUUGAUGAAUUCUUUAGUUUCUCAAUUUUUAAAAUUAGCAAUUGAUUUAAAUGACGCUGCAAAUAUUGAUCCAAGUACUUUAAUGAAUGCCGAUGAUAUUCCUGAUGAGAACGAUAAACAGAUGGCUGCUUUAGGGAUCUUAUCAACAGUUAUCUCCAUUUUAUUGUCUUUUGAAAACUCUCAAGAUAUUAUCAGAAGCUUGGAACAAUCUUAUCACCCAGCAGCAGAAUUCAUCUUGAAAAAUGAUAUGGAUUUGUUUUACCGUGAAGCUUGUGAAUUUGUUGAAAACUCUACAUUCUUAUUAAGAUCUGUUAGUCCAAUAUCAUGGAAGUUUUUGGAAUUAAUCGGUGAAUGUAAUAACAGUGAAGAAAGUAUGAUACCUCUGUAUAUUGAAGAUUUUAUGUUGGUCAUUAAUAACUAUUUGUUAUACGGUAAAGAUGAAUUGAAGAAAAAUGAAUUUUAUUCGAAGAUUUUAUUCGAAUUUUACAGAAAGGCAAUGAAUUCAAAUGAAGACAAUACGCUAUUUGACAUGCAAAUUAUCUUUGAACUUUCUCAAAAGCUAAUUUUAGCACUAGAAGAUAAAUUGCCAGUUGCUUGGAAACAACAAUUUUUGGAAGAUGUCACGAACGCUAUAAUUAUGGAAAAGGACAAUUUGCAAAAGCAAGUUGCAUUCGGUGUCACCUCGUUUAAUGUCUUAAUUUCCAGUUUGGUUACAUCUCCUUUAGUUACUUUACAAUUCCUGCAACAUAAAAAUCUUUUGGAAUUAUUUUUUGAGACAUGGUUGACAUUUUACGUUCCAAACUUGAAGAGAGUUUAUGAUAUAAAGCUUUCUAUAAUGGCAUUAUUGAGCAUUUUAUGUAGAUGCACUGCUGAUGAUUUUGCAUCCUUGUCGUUACAAAAUUUAUUGCCAAAAUUAGGUUCAAUUUUAGUUGAUUUGAUGGUCAAAUUCCCACAUGCAUUGAAAGCUUUGGAAGAAAAACGUAAAGAGUUUUCCAGUGACAACUUUAACUCUGACAAUUUUGAAGAGUGGAAUGACAACGUUGGUGAUGAAGAUGACGAUGAAGAUGGAGAUGAUGACAUCGCUGCUUACAUGGAGCAACUAAGAAGUGGUGAAGAUGGAUUAAAAUUUAUUAGUGAGGGUGGAUUCGACAAGGAAAAUUUUGAUGAUUUAGAGGAAGAUCCGUUAGUUGGUUCUCUGUUAGAUGAAAUUAAUGUUUAUGAAGUGUUGAAGUCAUCAGUAACUCAUUUGCAACAGGGUUCAGGUGGGUCAAUUUACGAAAUCAUUAUCAACGGCAUGUCUGAGGACUCCAAAUCGGUCCUUCAACAACUUUUAGCUUUGUAA